GCCAGACUGAAGAAAAGAGGAGGGGGAGAGAGAUGUGAGAGAGAGAAAUAUAAAGGAAGAGAAAAGAGGGAAAGAGUAAAGGACAUUCUUAUACAGAAAGAACCAGGACAGUGAACUCAACACAAAGCAGUGAGACUCUGCUGCUGGACUCUAUCUUCUUUGGAGUUCCUGGUGUGAAACGCACAUUAGGAGAGGUGAAAGUUCAGGGGUCAGGCGUAGCGGCAGCGUGUGAGAAUGUCGGUGAAGCCUCUUCUUCUUCUCCUCCUGGGAAUCACUGCAGCCACAGUUGUCACAGCUCAAGGACCAUGGAGAACAGACAACAGAGAGUCAGGCUCGUCUCUGUUCAACUCUGAUGACAACUAUGAGUGGACCACAUGGUUCAAUGUUGAUCACCCCGGAGGCCGUGGAGACUACGAGCAGCUGGAGGCCAUUCGCUUCUACUACCGUGCCCGAGUGUGUGAGACUCCACGGGCAAUCGAAGCCAGAACCACUGAAUGGGUCCCAGCCCGAGAAACUGGGGAGACGGUCCAUGCAGACCCAUCUGUGGGCUUCUGGUGCCUCAAUGAGGAGCAGGGUCCUGACCGCAACUGCUCUAACUACGCGGUCCGCUUCCUAUGCCCCAAAGAUAACAGUGUGAACAUUCAGGGUACCUGGGGUCCAUGGUCAGACUGGAGCCCAUGCCCUGCCCUCUGUGGUCAGGUGGGGGUCCAACUGCGCUCCAGAAACUGCCAGUCUCGCUCUGUGCCCUGCAUUGGGCCUAAAGUUGAAGGGAAAGCAUGCAAUGGAGCAGAGUGCCCAAUACCAGAUUGCUCCAUGCAGUGUGUAACGGGGAAGGUGAAUGCUGAGUGUGACGCCUGCAUGUGUGAAGACCACAUCCUGCUGGGUUCUGUCCGUGGUGCCGGGGGCCUCACAGCUGAAGGGGCUACCAUCCUUCGCUCAGGCAAACUCCUUACUCUUACCGACCACAAUGGGCAUUUCCGCAUCCCUGGGGUCUGCCCUGACGGCAACACCACCCUGACGGUCAACCUGCAGGGUCAUGCCACCCUUAGCGUUGUUGUGCCCCACAGUACUGAACGUACCUCUGUCCUCAGUGUCCAGCUGAAAAGAAUAGAGAAGCUUCACGUGCUGAGCAACCCCGAGAGCAAGGUCCGGAGGGAGGGACAAACUGCUGCCUUCUGCUGCAAAGUGGCAGGAACACCCCAACCAGACAAGUACCAAUGGUUUCAUAAUGACAGUCUCCUGGAGGAACACUCUGAGAGCACCUUAGUCCUAAAAAAUCUGCGUCCUGAGCUGACUGGGGAGUACUACUGCAGAGCAAGUGGUCCCUCUGGGGCUAUCAAGACCAAACCAGCUACACUCAAAGUCUUAGGUAGAGAUGAGCAUUCGUGUAAUCCCAAACCUGAAUCCCACCUCAUCCGCCUCCCGCAUGACUGCUACCAAAACAGUACAGACUCCUUCUACUACGAUGUGGGCAAGUGCCCCUCGAGCACAUGUGCUGGAAAGCUGGACAAUGGCAUCAGGUGCAAAGACAAAGUGGCUUACUGCUGUGGCGUCAAAAAGAUGGAGGAGAAGCAGCUGACAUGCCGGGGUUACCAAUUGCCCACCAUGGUGGUGACUGAGUGCGGCUGCCAGAAAUGUGUGGACACCAAGGCCAUCGUGCACGGUAGGGCCAUUGCUGCAGACAAUGGUGAGCCGAUGAGGUUCGGCCACGUCUUUAUGAACGGUGUCCGAAUCAGCCGCACAGGCUACAAAGGAACAUUCUCUAUCCAGGUUCCUCCAGACACAGAGAGGCUAGUCCUGACUUUUGUGGACAACAUGCAGAAAUUCGUCAACACCACAAAGGUACUCCCAUUUAACCCCAAAGGAGGGGCCGUUUACCAUGAGAUCAAACUACUGAGAAAGAAAGCUCCUGUGACCAUUAGCCCAACAGAAACCAACACUCUGGAGCUUGGGGAGUUAGAGGGCCAGGAGUCAAUGGUUCAGAUCCAGAUUCCUCCCAAUUCCUUCUAUACAGAAAAAGGAGAAGUCUUCACGGGUAACGUAAAUGCCAGUGUAACGUUCCUUGACCCCAGAGAUGUCUCCACAGCUGCUGCAGCUCAAAGUGAUCUCAACUUUGUAGGAGAUGAAGGAGAUACCCUGCCGCUGAGAACCUAUGGGAUGUUCUCAGUUGACUUUAGGGGUGAGGAAAACAAUGAGCCCCUGAACGCAGGUGAAGUGAAGGUGUUCCUGGAUUCUGCCCAGGUGAAGAUGUCCGAGCACCUCGACAUCAUGAAGCUGUGGUCACUGAACCCUGACACUGGCCUGUGGGAGGAGGAGGGAAGUCUGCAGGUGGAGAAGAAAAAAAGAGGCAAAAGGGAGGAGAGAACCUUUCUGAUUGGUAACAUGGAGAUCAGAGAAAGACGUCUUUUUAACCUGGAUGUCCCAGAGAACCGCAGGUGUUAUGUGAAAGUGAGGGCUUUCCGCAGUGAACGCUUCAUGCCCAGUGAGCAGGUGGAGGGAGUUGUGGUGAGUCUUAUAAACAUGGAGCCCACAGCUGGCUACUCCACUAACCCACGCGCUUGGGGCCGUUUUGAUAGCGUCAUCACCGGCUCCAAUGGUGCCUGUCUUCCUGCCUUCUGCGAUGAACAAAAAGCUGAUGCCUACUCUGCCUAUGUCAUGGCCAACCUUGGAGGAGAGGAGCUGGAGGCCGUGUCUUCUGCUCCCAAACUCAAUCCCAACCUCAUUGGAGUGCCCCAGCCUUACCUGGGUAAGCUGAACUACAGGCGGACUGACCACGAGGACCCCAGAGUGAAGAAGACUGCAUUCAGCAUCAAUGUGGCAAAACCAAGUCCCAACACAGCUGAGGAAAGCAACGGACCAGUGUACGCAUUUGAGAACUUGAGAGACUGUGAGGAGGCCCCAUUCAGUGCGGCACACUUCCGCUUUUCAAGAGUAGAAGGUGACCGCUAUGAUUACAACACAGUGCCGUUUAAUGAAGACGACCCAAUGAGCUGGACAGAGGACUACCUGAGCUGGUGGCCCAAGCCCAUGGAAUACCGGGCCUGCUACAUUAAAGUCAAAAUCAUCAGCCCACAUGAGAUCAAUGUUCGGUCCCGCAACAUGGGUGGCACCCACCCAAAGACAGUAGGCCAGCUGUAUGGCCUCCGAGACACUCGCAGCAUCCGUGACAUGGACCAGGGAACUAUUUCAGCUGUGUGCCUGGAGUUCAAGUGCAGUGGGAUGCUGUAUGAUCAGGAACGUGUCGACCGUACCCUGGUGAAGGUGAUUCCACAAGGAAGCUGCAAGAGAGAUCUCGUCAACACUAUGCUUCAAGAGUAUCUGGUCAACCACCUGCCCUUAGCCGUCAACAAUGACACCAACGAGUUCACCAUGCUGGCACCUCUUGACCCACUUGGCCAUAACUACGGGAUUUACACAGUGACAGACCAGGAUCCCCGCACAGCCAAAGAGAUCGCACUCGGACGUUGCUUUGACGGCACUUCUGAUGGGACAUCUCGUGUCAUGAAGAGCAAUGAUGGCGUAGCGCUGACGUUCACCUGCGGAGAUCAUGAGGUGACACGCCAGAGCGUCUUCCAGGCCCUGCAGACUGCUCAAGGUCAAACAUUAACGAGUGUGGUGAGAGGAGAAGGCAGGCAGAACCGACGCCGGCAGAGGGCCAAUGCACCCCGCAGCAGCCGCAGACGCAGCACCAGAAAUCCAACAGGAAAACGUGCAACGGCCACAAGCUAAAUGACAACGCCAAAGGUCGAAGUUCUACCUGGAGACCAAAUUAACAUCUGCAAAGGAGAUGGGAGUGGAGACGUCGACUUUGUUCUCAUACAAACAUUUUUUUGACUUUUUGUUCACAUACUAACCAUAGGCCCAUUUCUUGCAGAUUCUUGUCAAGAACAUUUGUUUUUCUCUUACAUUUUCAACUGUACUGUGGUAAAUAUUUACUUGAAGUUGUAAAUAGAGUAUUUAUUACAUACCUUAAAUAGUAAUCAGGGUGCUGUUACUUGCUGCACAAGUUUCUUUCACUGAUGAUGUAAACAAGAACAGAAACACAACUUGUCCUUUUGACCAGUGAUUUAUUAAAUUAGAUGCUUAUAAAACACUGCA